GCCGAGGGGGAGCGCGCGGGCGAGCGAGGGCGAGGGCAUAAAUAUAUAAAUAAAUACGCAAACGAAAUCCACUGGGCAGCCGCGCGGCUCGGGCUCAGAAACUUUGGCCCGGAGCUCGGGGAGCGCCUGGCUGGCCGCGCCGGGGUGCGCGAGGGAGGCCCGCCUCUGUCUGCGCGCCCCCAGCCCCGCGCCUCCGCGGCCCGGCCCUGCCCGGCACAACUUGUGGCAGAGGGAGCGGGACCCGGCGGACUUGGGGUUGGCGCGCGCGCGGGUGUGCGGGUGUGUGUAUGCGUGUGUAUGUGCGUGUGUGUGUAUUUGUUUGUUUGAACUUCCUCGUCGCCACCUUCCCUCCUCCGCUCGCCGCCCCUCCGCCGCCAGCCUUCGUCCCACUCACCCCCUCCCCAGCUUCUGGCCGCGUCCGACUCCAGGCGGGGGUGGGGGUGGGGGGGUGAGGUAGAGGGGAGAGAGAGAGAGAGAGAGAGAGAGAGAGAGAGAGAGAGAGAGAGAGAGAGAGAGAGAGAGAGAGAAGGGGAGGAGGGAAGAGGUUAAAAAAAGAGAGAAGAAGAAGAAGGAGGAGGAGGAGGAGGAGAAGCGGGGAAGAAAGGGAGCGCAGCGGGGGUGCAGGGAGCCGAGCGUGCAGGCAUGGCGGCGCUGCCCGGCACGGUCCCCAGGAUGAUGCGGCCGGCCCCGGGCCAGAACUACCCGCGCACCGGCUUCCCCCUGGAAGUGUCCACCCCGCUGGGCCAAGGCCGCGUCAACCAGCUUGGGGGGGUCUUCAUCAACGGGCGACCCCUGCCUAACCACAUCCGCCACAAAAUCGUGGAGAUGGCCCACCACGGCAUCCGGCCCUGCGUCAUCUCCCGCCAGCUGCGGGUCUCCCAUGGCUGCGUCUCCAAGAUUCUCUGCCGCUACCAGGAGACCGGGUCCAUCCGGCCAGGGGCCAUCGGCGGCAGCAAGCCCAGACAGGUGGCCACUCCGGACGUGGAGAAGAAGAUUGAGGAGUACAAGAGAGAAAACCCGGGCAUGUUCAGUUGGGAGAUCCGAGACCGGCUGCUGAAGGAUGGACACUGUGACCGCAGCACUGUGCCCUCAGGUUUAGUGAGUUCGAUUAGCCGUGUGCUGAGAAUCAAGUUCGGGAAGAAAGAGGAGGAGGAUGAAGCCGACAAGAAGGAGGAUGACGGAGAGAAGAAAGCCAAGCACAGCAUCGACGGCAUCCUGGGCGACAAAGGGAACCGCCUGGAUGAGGGCUCGGACGUGGAGUCGGAACCGGACCUGCCGCUGAAGCGCAAGCAGCGCCGCAGCCGGACCACCUUCACGGCGGAGCAGCUGGAGGAGCUGGAGAAGGCCUUCGAGCGCACCCACUACCCCGACAUCUACACCCGCGAGGAGCUGGCCCAGAGGACCAAGCUGACGGAGGCCCGCGUCCAGGUGUGGUUCAGUAACCGCCGUGCCCGUUGGCGUAAGCAGGCGGGAGCCAACCAGCUGGCCGCCUUCAACCACCUUCUGCCGGGGGGCUUCCCUCCCACGGGCAUGCCCACGCUGCCCCCCUACCAGCUGCCGGACUCCACCUACCCCACCACCACCAUCUCCCAAGAUGGGGGCAGCACGGUGCACCGGCCCCAGCCCCUGCCGCCGUCCACCAUGCACCAGGGGGGGCUGGCCGCCGCGGCCGCCGACACCAGCUCUGCCUACGGAGCCCGCCACAGUUUCUCCAGCUACUCGGACAGCUUCAUGACCCCGGCAGCGCCCUCCAACCACAUGAACCCCGUCAGCAACGGCCUGUCUCCUCAGGUGAUGAGCAUUCUCAGCAACCCCAGCGCGGUGCCGCCCCAGCCGCAGGCCGACUUCUCCAUCUCCCCGCUGCACGGCGGCCUGGACUCGGCCACCUCCAUCUCGGCCAGCUGCAGCCAGAGGGCCGACUCCAUCAAGCCGGGAGACAGCCUGCCCACCUCCCAGUCCUACUGCCCACCCACCUACAGCACCACCGGCUACAGCGUGGACCCCGUGGCUGGCUACCAGUACGGCCAGUACGGCCAGACUGCUGUUGACUAUCUGGCCAAAAACGUGAGCCUGUCCACACAGCGCCGCAUGAAGCUCGGGGAGCACUCGGCCGUGCUGGGACUGCUGCCCGUGGAGACUGGCCAGGCCUACUAGGCCGCGGGCGGGCGCUCCAGCCGGAGCCUCUGCCCAGCCCUCGGACCCCACGCUGCCCAGCCUCUGUCCUCUCUCCGCUCCGGGGUCUCAGGCGGCUGGGGAGGAGCCCAUUCCCGUCCCUGCAGCCUGCCUUGUGUUCGCCUGUGGCGAGGCACCCCUCGUGCCCCCUGGAACCUGCCCACUGCUCUCCCCCAAUGAGGCUUCUGGCCAGCCACGGUCUGUCCUGGCCUCCCGUGUCCCUGAAGGCCCCAUGAUCCACUCUCACCCUGACCAGAGCACCCCGAGCUCCCAAAGGAGGAUGCCGAGUGGGUGAGAGCCCAGAGCCCUGGGGAUCUGGCUCCCGAGGAUGCCCCAGCAGAGGUGGGGGGAAGCUGGCGAGGCACAGGGAUAGCACCACGGCCUCUCUCUCUCUGCUGGACUUGGGGACUGCAGCAGAGAGGGGGUCUUCAGCCUGGCACCUUCCCAGGGAGCCAACCCAGGCAUUGCAAGGGCGUCGGGACCCUCCCUACAUACCUCAGCUAGGGGUCCUGGGAUCUGCCCAAGGCAGGGGACAGGGACGACCAGAAAGAGGCUUCACCAGGGGGUGGCCCUGUCAGUCUGAGCCUGCUUAGGGGGAUGAUCAACCGGGCCACCUGGGGCCACUGGCUCUGAGGCAGAAACCCAAGGUUCUGCCUGGCCCAGUACCGGGAGGGCCAGGCUCUCUCAGCUGGCUCCGAGGAGAGCAGGAGGGGACCCGCACGGAGGACGUGUCAGUGGGGAGUCCAAGGGGUCUCAGAGGAGGUGCCAUAGCAGAGCUCCCCCAUGUAUUGCCAAAGGCCCGAUGCCUUCCAAGCCCCAGCCCACCGAGGUUCCGUUUCUCACCAAGCUCCGUCCAGACCCUUCCCUGCAUGUCCAGUCCUGGGGGCAAUGAGGCAGGAAUAAAUGCCCGGGUGUUUGUCUCUUUAAGGAGCUGGAGCUGUAACUAGCUUCCCCCAGAACUCUGAAGGAGGAUUCUCAGACCGGCAGAUUUCUUGCCCCACAGACAAGACCACCCCGUUCUCUUUGGCAUUGGGGAGCAGGUUGGGGCGAGAGGGGGUCCUUGUCUCACCCAGAGGGUCCAGCCUUCAGUGCUGACUCACGUCCAGCCACAGGCUAGGCUGUCUGCUGGCCUGGCACAGCUGGGUGAGGGCGGGUCUGACUGAUUGUUAAGUCCCCGCCCUUGGGCAGAGGGGGGCCCCCAAAGGCUCCAAAGGGGAGAGGAGGGGAGUUUCCCUGGGCUGUUCCAGCGGCUCCCUCCCGUGCCCUUCCCGCUGAGUGUUGAGGCCUUUGGGAAAUGGUUCAAGCCCCUGACUACCCCUCCCUUGGACCCUUCCACCCCCUCCAACUAGUCAUCAGACUUACAUGCAUCUCCAUUAUCGCCAUCAUUAUGACCCAUGCUCGGAUUGCUUUGGUCGAGUGGUGCCGAGACACGGCACAGAAUCCACAAGGACUGGAACAAAUUGCUCUCCCCCAGCCCGACACGAAGGCCACCUCUUUGCCGAACCCAGGCCUCUUGCCCUCAGCCACUGAACCAUUCCUGGAGGGAAGGGAUGCUGCUUUGGGGGUCGACCUGAGUGCUUCCCUGCUAGGGGGCUGAGAGGACCAAAGGCAGGACACCUUCUCGCAUGGUGUCACCUCUGUGACAAAGGCUCACCUGUUUCUCAUCCUCAGACGGGAUCAUGGGGCCUUCAGGGACACAGAGACCAGGACAGACCACAGUAUCAAGCUUUUUCCGGACCACGGCCAGGGGGGCUCAUGUCUCUGGUUUAAGGGAACCUGUGAAUAACUGAGGACAUUCUGACAUGUGGCCCGUCAAGUUCAGCCAAGGUCUCAACUGGAGCAGCCACUGCAAGAGACUUUCCAUCCAUCAAGCUCUGGCCAGAAAGGAAUCCUGAAUUACCCCUGGCCACCCAGUCUCUUACGUCUGUCACUGUUACAGCCAGGAAUCCGCUCCUCCUUUUGAUCUACCAACACUCUUCAUCCACAUUCCUUGAAUGAAUGGUCCAUCCUUCCCCCUCCCUGGAGGUUUAGCUCUGAAAUCGUCUGAGUCUCUUUACACCCUAAGUUAACUCAGGCAGGUGACAUCAAACCCAUAUAGCCCCCACUCCAGGUGACUCCUUGCCUCCCCCCACACCCCCAAAGCGACAUUCCAAUGCUAGGACCAAUCUCAAAUAUUUUCCCCCUGUGGUGAAACAGAAUAAGCCAAACAGUUCCUCAUUAUGUCCAUCAUCUUGGUAGGCAACGGGACUCACCCUGUCAGGGGCCCCCACACUCCUCCAAAAGAGGUCCUAACCCCAGCGGGUCGUCCUUCAAACCCGUGUGUCCAUACACCUGGCCAACUCGCUCUCAGCCAUUGUCUUGGCAGCUUUCAACUUCCCCCGAGAGAUGACGCUGGGGGGGAAGGCGGAAGGCCUCAAACGCUUGAAGAGUGACCACCAUCCGAGAAAGAAGGCCUGGAUCCCAAGAACCAGGCCAGCCCAGAAACAACUCCCACUCAUCCCUGUAAAUAGAGUCCUUAGCACAAAUAAGAGAUGUUUCCUCCAACUCAUCACAAAUAGCUGUUGCUCCUUCCUGUUGGUGUCGGAGGCCCUCUUCUGAGCUCAUUGUACAUUAGUUGGAAAUGUGGUGAUGUGCUGUUCGUUUAUAGGAAGUUGACUUUUAUAUAUAUAUAUACAUAUAUAUAUAUACUUAAAAAAGGAAGGAACCCCCUCCCCACAGUGUGUAUCGUGCUUGUGCCAGGAGCCAUCUGUAGGGGUAUAUCCACAUGCCGUGUGUGUCAGUUUAUACAUUCCAGGCGCUCUCGGGCUCUUUCAUUUUUAUCGCUUUGUCUUUUCAUUUGGUAUUUCUCUCUUGCUAUGAAAAAAAAAGGUGAUGUAUAAGAACCAAGCUAUGCUUUUAUAUUCUUAUUUUUUACUUGAUUUACCUUUGCCAUUCUUUUGCCAGAGGAACAUGAAGGAGAAGAGAGAGAGAGAGAGAAAGAGAGAGAGAGAAAGAGAGAGAGAGAUGGGGGAAUGAGAGAGAAAGAAAGAAGAGGUUUUCCCAGAAGAAAAACUUGAGAAGGUCAGAUUUCCGGUCUAACUGAGGUUCGAGGACAAGGCAGGUUGUGAACUUGGCCCUCUCCGUUCAAGCCCACUGGUGUUUUGGGGGGAGCUGGCACCGUGUUCUGAGACUUGGGUCCUAGAACUUGGUGACACUUCUUGUCCCCACUCUCUGGGACCGUUUCUAAGGGUCUGUGCUCACCCAGCUGAGCCCCUUGUGCCUGCCUGACUGGAUGGUUUUGGAGGCCGACAGCUCUUCUCUUCUCCAGAAGCACCAAACCAAGACCAAGUGGGGGAACUCCGCCGCCAUCUUGUAACACUCAGAGAUGUCCGUGUAGCUCGUUUUCUGUCUGCUUGAACAAGGCCAACCCCCCUCCCUGGGAAAUAACCUACGUAGCACCCUAGAACAUUCCUCCUUCUAGUUACUGCAACUUGGUUGCUUCCAUGCUGACUCACAGCCAUUUUCCCCCAUGUGGAAACGAGUGUGUGUGUGUGUGUGUGUGUGUGUGUGUGUGUGUAUGUGUGCAUGUGCACACGUGCACAUGUGAGUGGUGUAUACAUGCGGGUGUGGGCGUGAGCGUGUGAGGUUGUGUGGCUAAAUAUAAUGGCACCAUAAUUUAUUCAGCUAUCUGGAGUAGUAGACUAGAAAGAAAAACUGGCAUUUGCUUUAACUACCUGCUUGUAAGCGCUUCUUCUGUAACUCAGGCGUAACUGUUAUACAUUAAAAAAAAUUAAAAGCA